UGCUUCAGAGUCACGUGAUCUGAUUUAGAAGAACCAGCGGCUGCAGAAAUUGGUAAAAUUGCAUUGCCAGGCUCUGCUCGCGUGAAUGGAGGCUUUAAUAUCGUUUGCUCGUUUGAAUUCCAGCCAGCUCAACACGAAAGCGACGGACUACGCGUAUUAUCAUCCGUAAGAAGGAAGAGCAUUCGCCUCACUGAAGGAAAACAUCGCAGCGUCUUCUGCAACACCAUUGCAACCGAGGAAGUAGGAUCCCAAAUCUGUGGUCUUGCCUCGGUUUUAUAUCCAACACUGUUUUAACGGAACCUUUACGGCUCUUUUUCUGUCACGACUUUACUUUUCCUGAAAUUGUGUAUUAUCGAAAUCCUUCGCGCGAGGGAUGAUUAUUGGAUAUGAUCAUUCAGCUUUUGAUGGACUGUGUAAUUCGGGACGAUAAACUUUAGCCAGCGUUUGUGGGGAGAUGUAAUUUCCAGAGAUGUAUUUAAACACUGGAUUACUUUAAGAAACUUACUGUCUUUAUUUGGUGAGUGAACAAGCUCUUCUGGAUGCCGGACCUAUACGGAUGAGAAGAACUGGUGGCUGGGACUACAUCGCGUGUUGUGAUGCUUCUUCUUUACACGCUGUCUGAUGUGAAUUUGGAUUUCUAUAGUCAAAUCUGUGCGUUUUUGGAAUGGCUCGCUUCGCAGACGUUCUCCCGACCCGGUAUGGAGGCGGUGGCUCUCCAGCGGGUCAAGGCAGAGGGGCAUGCCGGCUCCCAGGCCCCCCGGGCGUACAGAGGGUUUAUAAGCAAACAAUGGCCCAAAGAGCCCGGACAAUGGCCAUAUACAACCCGAUACCGGUCAAACAGAACUGCCUCACAGUCAACCGAUCCCUUUUCAUCUUCAGCGAAGAUAAUAUAAUACGGAAAUAUGCAAAGAAAAUAACAGAGUGGCCUCCAUUCGAGUACAUGAUUCUUGCCACCAUCAUAGCAAACUGCAUAGUACUGGGGUUAGAGCAACAUUUACCUGCGUUAGACAAGACACCCAUGUCAAAACGGCUGGAUGACACAGAACCCUACUUCAUUGGAAUAUUUUGUUUCGAGGCCGGGAUCAAGAUCAUCGCCCUAGGCUUUGCUUUUCAUAAAGACUCCUAUCUGCGCAAUGGGUGGAAUGUAAUGGAUUUUGUUGUCGUGUUGACGGGGAUACUGACCAUAGUGGGCCCAGACUUUGAUUUGCGGACACUCAGGGCAGUGAGAGUCUUGCGGCCGCUCAAACUGGUUUCUGGAAUUCCCAGUCUCCAGGUGGUUCUGAAGUCCAUCAUGAAGGCGAUGGUACCUUUGCUUCAGAUAGGUCUCCUUCUCUUUUUUGCCAUCCUCAUGUUUGCCAUCAUCGGUCUAGAUUUCUACAUGGGCAAGUUUCACCGUUCCUGCUUCAAAAACAGUACCGGGGAGCAGGUAGCUGAAUUCCCCUGUGGGACAGAAGCACCAGCGCGGAUGUGUGAGAAUGACGCCGUUUGUCAAGAAUACUGGAUCGGUCCGAAUUACGGCAUAACUAACUUUGACAACAUCUUGUUCGCUGUGCUCACUGUCUUCCAGUGUAUCACUAUGGAGGGAUGGGUGGACAUCCUUUACAAUGCCAACGAUGCCUCAGGGAACACCUGGAACUGGCUUUACUUCAUCCCCCUCAUCAUCAUUGGCUCUUUCUUCAUGCUCAAUCUGGUUCUGGGUGUGCUGUCAGGGGAAUUUGCCAAGGAGAGAGAGCGUGUGGAGAAACGGCAGGAGUUCCUGAAGCUACGCAGGCAACAGCAGAUCGAGAGAGAGCUGACUGGCUACCUGGAGUGGAUCUGCAAGGCAGAGGAAGUCAUGCUUGCUGAGGAAGAUAAAAAUGCAGAGGAGAAGGACGACAGUGCCUGGUACAAGAGGAAAUGCAACAACCCAGUAUUGAAAAGGGCUAAAAAGAGCAAAAAUGACCUCAUCAACGCAGAGGAGUGUGAAGAUCAUUUCACAGACAUCUCAUCAGUAGCUCCUCAAGGUUCUCCAUUCACCCGUGCGAGUGUGAAGAGCAGCAAGAACGAGAACUCGUCGUAUUUCCGGAGGAAGGAGAAGAGGUUUCGCUUCUUCAUUCGACGUAUGGUGAAGGCCCAGAGCUUCUACUGGAGCGUACUGUGUAUCGUGGGACUGAACACACUGUGUGUGGCUAUAGUCCACUACGACCAGCCCGACUGGCUCACAUAUGCGCUGUAUUUGGCGGAGUUUGUGUUCCUCGGUCUGUUUCUAAUAGAGAUGAGUCUGAAGAUGUAUGGCCUCGGGCCCAGGACCUACUUUCACUCCUCAUUUAACUGCUUUGACUUUGGGGUGAUUGUGGGAAGCAUUUUCGAGGUGAUUUGGGCAGCAGUAAAACCAGGAGCAUCCUUUGGCAUCAGUGUGUUGCGAGCGUUGCGUUUGCUGAGGAUAUUUAAGGUUACCAAGUAUUGGAACUCUCUGAGAAAUCUGGUGGUGUCUCUGCUCAACUCCAUGAAGUCCAUCAUCAGUCUUCUGUUCCUCCUGUUUCUCUUCAUUGUGGUGUUUGCUCUGCUGGGGAUGCAGCUCUUCGGUGGACUGUUUAAUUUUGAUGAUGAAACCCCGACUACCAACUUUGACACGUUCCCAGCUGCUAUUCUGACAGUGUUUCAGAUUCUGACGGGGGAGGACUGGAACGCUGUGAUGUAUCAUGGAAUUGAAUCUCAGGGCGGAGUUCACCGGGGAAUGUUCUGCUCCAUCUACUUUAUUGUGCUCACGCUGUUUGGAAACUACACUCUCCUGAAUGUCUUUUUGGCCAUAGCUGUUGAUAACCUCGCUAAUGCGCAAGAACUUACCAAGGAUGAGGAGGAACAGGAGGAGGCCAUCAAUAAGAAACUGGCUCUGCAGAAAGCUAAGGAAGUGAAGGAGGUCAGCCCCAUUUCGGCUGCUAACAUUUCCAUCACAGCUUUUAUAAGGCCAAAUCCUGUUGCUGGUUCACGCAGCUCCUCCAACUCCAGCUCUCAUUCUCCGAGUUAUGUCUGCUCCCCUGCACAUCACUAUUUGAGUAAAGAACAGCAACGAUCCCUAAAAAUGAUGUCCGUGUGGGAGCAACGCACCACUCAAAUCCGGAAGCACAUACUGGCCAGCAGCGAGGCGUUGUACCAGGAGGAGCUCCACCCACGUCUGACAUCCGACCUCCAACUUCGCCCUGACAUCAAAACUCACUUAGAUCGGCCUCUAGUUGUAGAACCUCGUUGUGAUGGCCCCAUCAGCCCUGGGGCCGACUGGGACAAGCCCCAGAAUAUGCAAGGGGAAUCUGGCACACCGGAGGACAUAGACGCCCCUAUUAUUGAACCCCCGCAGUACCACCCACCACGCAAGCACCACCGUCACAGGGAGCGGCCUUCCAACGAGACCAAUGAGAAUGGAGACAUGGGACAUGGCAAAGAAGGUAGGCAUCAUGUUCAUCACAGCCGCAGCAAAGAGCACGAUGCAACGCGAUGUAAGGAGGGGAAGAACGACAGGAGCCGGAGCAGUGAGGGGGGACGCAGACAUCACCACCAGAGCUCGGUGGACGAGGGAGGCGGGGAGAGGGAACAUCGCCACCAUCACUCCCACAGACAUAACAGGGAGGGAAAUGGAGUGGUCAGCGCUGGGGGCAAGAGCGAAAGGAGGUCCAGGCAUAAGGAGGGCUCACGUUCCGGAACGAGGGAAGGGGAGAGGUGUUCCAGAGGAGAGAACGGAGGUAACGGAGGGAGGAGGAGGCACAGGCCACGGAGCAGUAAAGCUCAGUCCACGCUGGAGGGAGAGGAUGAACAGGGAAAUGGAGAGAAAGAAGAGGGCAAGUCUCACAGCCACAGCUCCAGACACAUGGACAUGGGCACAGAUUCACUCGGCGUAAACCCCCCAGUUGGCAACAGAUGGUGCCUUGAGAAACAAGAAGAAUCAGACAACAAGCGGAACAUUGGUCAGACUGGAGGAAUGAGCACACACAUUCCUGUAACCAUCACAUCUCCACCUGGGGAGACAACCCUUAUACCCAUGAACAGUAUAGACAGUGAGACUGUACCCAUGACUGAGAAGAAUCUGGAGGAUCUAAACCAGAGCAACCCUCGUCCCAUCCUCCCCUUUAGCUCCAUGUUCAUCUUUAGCCCUACCAACCCGGUGAGACGUCUGUGCCACUACAUUGUGAGUCUGCGAUACUUUGAGAUGUGUAUCCUGGUGGUCAUUGCUAUGAGCAGUAUAGCUCUGGCCGCUGAGGACCCAGUCCAAGCCAAUGCUCCUCGCAACAACGUGCUGAAGUAUAUGGACUACGUCUUUACUGGCGUUUUCACAUUUGAGAUGGUCAUUAAGAUGGUGGAUUUGGGUUUGUUGCUACAUCCUGGCGCGUACUUUAGAGAUCUGUGGAAUAUUCUGGACUUCAUUGUGGUCAGCGGUGCGAUGGUGGCCUUCGCAUUCUCAGGGACCAAAGGAAAAGACAUCAGCACCAUCAAGUCCCUGAGGGUGUUACGAGUUUUGCGCCCCUUGAAGACAAUUAAACGUCUGCCAAAACUGAAGGCCGUGUUCGACUGUGUGGUGAAUUCGCUGAAGAACGUGUUGAAUAUCCUCAUUGUUUACAUCCUGUUCAUGUUCAUCUUUGCCGUCAUUGCCGUGCAGCUCUUCAAGGGCAAGUUUUUCUUCUGCACAGAUGAAUCCAAAAGCUUGGAGAAAGACUGCAGGGGCAUGUUCCUGGAUUAUAAGGAUGAGGUGGCAGCUCAGCCAAGAGAGUGGAAGAAAUAUGACUUCCACUAUGACAAUGUUCUGUGGGCCUUUCUCACACUUUUUACUGUUUCGACUGGGGAAGGCUGGCCUACGGUUUUGAAGCAUUCUGUAGAUGCCACAUUUGAGGACCAAGGUCCCAAUCCGGGCUUCCGCAUUGAGAUGUCCAUCUUCUACGUCGUCUACUUUGUGGUCUUCCCCUUCUUCUUUGUCAACAUUUUUGUGGCUUUGAUAAUCAUCACAUUCCAGGAGCAGGGUGAUAAAGCCCUUUCUGAAUGCAGUCUGGAGAAGAAUGAGAGAGCCUGCAUCGACUUUGUCAUCAAUGCCAAGCCGCUGACCCGCUAUAUGCCCCAGAACCAACAGUCCUUCCAAUACCGCUUGUGGAAGUUUGUGGUCUCGCCACCCUUUGAGUACUCCAUCAUGAUCAUGAUCGCCCUCAACACCGUGGUCCUCAUGAUGAAGUUUUACGAGGCACCCGACUCUUAUGACGCAAUGCUGAAGUAUCUCAACGUUGUCUUCACCGCUCUGUUUUCGAUGGAGUGCAUUCUCAAGAUUAUUGCUUUCGGACCCUUGAAUUACCUGAAAGACGCCUGGAACGUGUUCGACUUUGUGACCGUGCUGGGAAGCAUCACUGACAUCGUAGUCACUGAGAUUAAUGACCGUAUGCUGAACCUGAGCUUUCUGAGGCUCUUCAGAGCAGCCCGACUUGUCAAACUUCUCCGUCAGGGAUAUACCAUUCGCAUUCUCCUCUGGACCUUUGUCCAGUCUUUUAAGGCCCUACCUUAUGUUUGCCUUUUAAUCGCCAUGCUGUUUUUCAUCUACGCCAUCAUUGGAAUGCAGGUGUUUGGAAACAUUGAGCUGAAUGAGGACACCGCCAUCAAUCAUCACAACAACUUUCGCACUUUCCUCCAAGCGCUUAUGCUGCUGUUUAGGAGCGCCACUGGUGAGGCCUGGCACGAGAUCAUGCUGUCCUGCCUUAGCGAGCGGAGUUGUGAUGUGCGCUCUACAGUUCUCGGGAAAGAGUGUGGCAGCGAUUUCGCCUACUUUUACUUUGUGUCCUUCAUUUUCCUCUGCUCCUUCCUGAUGUUGAACCUGUUUGUGGCUGUCAUCAUGGACAACUUUGAGUAUCUGACACGUGACUCCUCCAUCCUGGGCCCUCAUCACCUGGAUGAGUUUAUCCGAGUGUGGGCGGAGUAUGACCCGGCUGCCUGUGGCCGUAUCAAGUACCUCGAUAUGUAUGAGAUGCUGCUCCACAUGUCCCCACCUUUAGGUUUGGGAAAGAAAUGUCCUCCACGAAUCGCCUACAAGCGGUUGGUGAAAAUGAACAUGCCCAUAGCGGAAGACAACACUGUGCAUUUCACAUCUACCCUGAUGGCUCUCAUCCGCACCGCCCUGGAGAUCAAACUAGCAUCAGGCAUGGUGGCCCAGCGUCUGUCAGACGCUGAACUGAAGAAGGAGCUCUCCACAGUCUGGCAAAACCUGUCUCAGAAGACCAUGGACCUGCUGGUCACUCCACACAAACCCAAUGAGCUUACAGUUGGAAAGGUGUAUGCAGCUCUUAUGAUCUUCGACUAUUACAAGCAGAACAGAGCCAAAAGGCUUCAGAGGCAACAACAGCAGCAGAGAGAUCAGACAGGACCUGGAUCUCAGAAUAAAGUCAGUGCUCUCUUAGAGCCCAUUCUUCCUUUAACCCACAUGCAAGAUCAGACCACGAACAGUGUGGACGCCACCAUACCCACCUCCACCACACUCAACAACGGACGCACACAUCUUGACAGCACCAUUAUAGGAUCUUCAUCGUGGGCCUCAGAAAAGUCCAAGGAGGUCCAUAAGUCCAAACGGCGGCCAAUCUCGAGGGGCCAGUCAGAGGAAGCCUCGAAUGCAAACACUGCCCAGGAAUCCGUAGAAAUGAGGAAUAUGGAAAACAGUGCCAACACGCCAACUUCUGCCAACCUCGAGGGCCAAGGACGUGCAGUAUCCAUGCCAAAACUCAAUGCAGAGAUGCAGAGGAGUCAUUCCCGUCAUUUUCCUGGAACCUCACUGGAACCCAUUCCGGAUUCCCCAAUGAGACGCUCGGCGUCCACUUUUGCAGCACAGCGCCCUCAGGAGGUCAAUCUGAACGACUACAUUUUGGAGAAACCGGUUCAUGAACGACAACACCACCAUCACCAUCAUCACAGAUGUCACCAUCGCAGGGACAAAGAGAAGAAACAGAGAUCACUGGACCGGUCGCCGACCGCUCAACACAAGGCCACAGGCACAGCGGCUGACCCAGUUGAGGAGAGGGUUUAUGACCGGGGUCGUUCUCAUGACAGGAAGCACCAUUCGUCAUCAGCGGACAGGCAGCGCUAUUACUCCUGUGAUCGCUAUGGCAGCCGAGAACACUGUCCCAGCAAGUCUGCUGUGGCAAGCUGUGCCACCUCACCCACCGAGGGCCAGGAGGCCAAUCUCGACAAGCAGGGCAGUGGGUGGGCUAAAGGAAGCCCGGUGUUGUUGACUUCAGGGGCAAGCACUCCGAGCCGCGGGCGCAGGCAGCUGCCCCAGACCCCUCUUACUCCUCGCCCCUCUGUGGCCUACAGGACUGCCAACUCUUCCCCUGUGCCCUUCUUGGGCUCUCAGACUGGCCUGCCUCCCCCGAGUCCCGGCAGGCUAAGCCGCGGGUUGUCCGAGCACAACGCGCUCUUACACAGCGGCUCCAGCUUGCCGGCCGCUGUCAGUCGCAUUAACUCAGAACCUUUCCUAGGCCCCUCGGACCACCCUGCCGGCCAGCGCAACUGCCCGCUGCCCGAAUCGUACGCUGUCUUCCAAGAGGAUCAGAGCCGGUCUCCCAGGACUGUAGUGGUGCCGAUCGUGGCUAUUCCUCCACCUCCCCAACAGCCGUUCCGAGGGGUGCCCAAUGGAUACCACUUCAGCAGAGGCAGGGCACGGCAGUACUACCCAGAGGCCGAUGACUGGUGCUAGGAUGGCUUUAUUGUACACACACAUAUUUGGAGAAUGCUUUGUUUUCAAAUCAUGAUGAGUUUUAUCAUCUCUUUUGUUUUGGAUGGUGUAAAUGCAGUGAUACGUGUGUACAAGUAUUUGUUUUCUCAGCAGCAACUUUUAAAGAAUUUGCCUGAAUAUGCUAAACAGUUAAGUUGGUGUAGUUUAAGAUGUCAAAUCUCUUUACAAACACAUGAGAUUGACAUCCAACAGGCUUUCACUUUUCUUAAAGUUUGCCUGCGUGAUCAUGUCCAUUAAACUCUAGUGUAACUUAAAUACAAACCGUAAAGAACAUACGGUUUCUUUUAAAGCCGACAUUCUAUAAGUCAAUUUAUGAAACCCAAAAUGUGGCUAGAGUAUAAACGGCAUUCUCAACAGAAUUUUUUUUGGUUUUAAAUAAGAAAAUGUACAGAGACACGGACCAUAGAUACAUAAACCACCUGCUCUGCGUCACACUGUCGAGAAAGCAGAUUGUUCAUAUUGCUGCUGAUAACCAUUCCUAGCACAUAUCACUGUGUGAAAUCCUUGAAAACCAUAGUGUACUUUGUUUUAUAUCGAACUGUUGUAGAUAUUUUCUCGAUUGAUUUGUAUUGUGAGGAACUGUGCGUAAACUGCUUACGGCUUCACCAUACUGUCAGGUCUAACAGUUUUUAUCGACCGCUCCAGAUGUUAUUACAAAGUGCCUAAACUUUUGAAUACUGUAUAUUGUAGUCAUGAUGCAACCUCAAGCCUUUUUUAGAGCAUCAACAUGAGAGAGAACUGAACAAGGGGGUGAACAGAAUGGCAAGGUGUUAUGAUCGCAAGCCUUAAAAGCAAAGAUACAGUACCUUUGACACAUUAGGUUUCGAAUGGUAAUGACAGUAUGAUUGUUUUCGUUUUUUUAAUUCUUGUGUCUUUUGUACAAUUUUAGUACUUGAUGGAAUGUUGACAAUUCCAUUACCAAACACGUAUAUUAGUACGGAGUAACUGCAGUAGUUGUAUAUUUGUCCUGAUUUUAUAACCACGAUUAUAAAAAUGCAUGCUUAAACAAACUUCUAAUUGAUUGAUCCAACAUUUACAAUGUAUAGUUCCCGUCCCGAUGAAGAUGCUCAGAGACUGUGUUGCUAUGUCUCUUCUCUGUUUUAGAUGCGAAAUUGACCGAAAGGUGAGUGCUUUUCUUGUGUAGCAGGUUGUUUGAUGUGAUUGUGUGUCGAGUUGUGUCGAGUCAGGGUCCUGGCACCAGUACAGUGGGCCGGUCUGUGUUAAGGUUAAACUUUCCCCUCCAUGGCACUCCUCCAAGCACCCAUACACACACUCGCAGCUUUCAUUCUACCGCCGUCCCCCAGCUGCCGGCUGUAUAGAAAUAUGGCCGGGCUCCCUUUUUUAUCAGUCUGGUAACAUGAGAGGAAUAUUUAGCCACAUUGACCGCUGAAUAGAGAGGGACAGAGUAAGCUGCUAUAUUGGGAUGGACACAAUUGAGAUUGAAGAGGAUGUGAGUGAGUUCAAUUGGGCUUAUGAGCUCUUUCCAUCAUUUCACAUCAGUUUUCUGUUUAUCCAACUUUGAGAGUUGUUUGGGUAAUCAGGUGAUUCGGGUGUCAGGACUGACGACGAAUAUUCUUUUUUGUAACUUGCAUCUUCUUUGAAACUUUGUUUAUGUAGGGCUAUGCAACAAGAUGACACUUUAUCAGGAUAUACUUUGAUCAUUUUGUAGCUUUACCUACUGGGAUACCCAGAUUCAGGCUUUAGCAUGGUAGUGACCAAAUCUUUUUCUUAAUAAAAAAAUGUAUGAAAAGGUAUAUUUUAGAAUGCAUAAAAGGCACAACAAUAAAAAAAAUGCAGAACGCAGCAAAACGUAUAUAUAUAUUACAAAAAUGCAAGUAUAUGGAUGUGCAUGCACCAGAGAUGUCAGUUUGUCAGGGUUUGUAAAGAAAACGGUUUCCAAGCAACAGUCUGAGCAACUGAUAUUUUUCUACACACUCUGAGAGUUCUGAGGUUAAAGGAUGAGCUGAACAUUUGCUGAUAUAGAGUUGUUGCGUUGUUCGUGUGGGAAAAAAAACCUUUACACUCCUGGCACAUCAAUUCAUUGUUGUUCGGCACGUUGCCAGUGUGGAUCAAGACUGCUGUUCUGUCACUGAACUCAUUCCUUCAGCUUCCCUAUGAUUUAGAUAAACAACAUAUUCAGCCACAAGAUCUCUCAAAAUGUUUUGCCAAAAUCUGACUUGCUCUGUUUCAUGCGCCACCAACCGAGUUUAACGUGGCUGUUUCCUUGGAAAGAAUAAUGUCUGCAUGGUCUAAAAGUGUAUGUGCAUGUUGAAAUACCCAUGGUCUAUCUUCGUACAUUUUGAUACAAUGUAUUCUUUUGGUUUGAUUUUUUAACGGCAUUUGAUAUGAAUUGGGGGAUUUGUUGAAACAAAAAAAAAAAAAUUAUAAAUAAAGGAAACAGUAUUGAGCUAUGUUGACAGCUCCGUUCAUGCGUAAGAGCUGGGGCAUUCUUUAUUUGAAUUCUGCUACUGAGCUGUUUGUUGCCUGGUUUCUGUUUCAUGGCCAGACUUUGAAAUCUGCAGUUGUUUCUACCAUACCAUUUUGUAUGAAACAAAAUCCUUGAUUAAAAAAAGUGACAACUUUAAA